AUGUCUCGGCCAAUUAUCGCAAUCGCUGGACUUGCUUGUGAGACCUCGACCUUUUCCCCCGCUCGGACACUCGGUGGGGCAUUUCACCCGCGCCGCGGCCCGGAGGUGGUCGAGGAGUACGGCUUUCUGCAUAAUGGCACUCAUCUAGCAGAUGCUGCAGAGUGGAAAGGAGCACUUAUCGGGCAUGCCCUGCCAGGCGGAGUCGUGGUACGAGCCGAUUUCGAACAACUUUGCACGGAAAUCCUGGAGCGCUUGGCUGCAAUCGUCGCCUUAAACUCCAUCGAUGGAUUAUGGUACGAUAUCCAUGGCGCAAUGUGUGUGGAGGGUAUGGAGGAUGUUGAAGCAGAGCUUCUCCGGCGGAUUCGGACUGUUAUUGGCCCGGAUGUUCUGGUCUCGACAUCCAUGGAUUUACAUGGAAAUGUGUCCAGAGAGCUGGCCCACCAGACUGAUCUGAUUACUUGUUAUCGUAUGGCGCCCCACGAGGAUGAGUUGGAAACAAAGGAGCGGGCGUGUCGCAAUCUUGUCCAUGUCUUGACGUCGCCAACCGACACUGGAAGAGGGAAGAGACCCUUGAAAGCAUGGGUCCGAAUUCCCAUUUUGCUACCGGGGGAGCAGACUUCGACUCGCAACGAACCAGCAAAAGGCCUAUACGCGCUCGUUCCUCAAAUUGAAGCCAUGGAUGAUGUGCUCGAUGCAGCCGUCUGGGUUGGCUAUGCGUGGGCAGAUGAGCCACGAAACCAUGCCGUGGUAAUGGUCACUGGAUGGAAUACGUCUGCUAUCAUUGGAGGAGCGAAGCGACUUGCAUCUUUGUUCUGGCAUGUUCAUAAGGAGUUCCAUUUCGUUGCCCCGACCGGGUCAUUCUCCGAAUGCAUUGACAACGCGCUGGCAUCCUCAAACAGGCCUUUCUUCAUAUCUGAUUCUGGCGAUAAUCCUACCGCUGGUGGAUCGGGCGAUGUGACCGUCGGCUUAAGUCAAUUGCUCAUGCGACCAGAGUUUUGGGAAGAUACCGGCUCAAUUGUGAUUUACGCCAGUAUCCCAGGACCCCAGGCAAUUGAAGCUAUAACCGAGGCUGGUGUGGGAAACACGGUGACGGUCACCGCUGGAGCACAAGUAGACAAUCUGCACGCUGGGCCUAUCACUAUGACUGGACGUGUUCACUCCAUUAGGUAUGGAGAUCCCGAUGCCGAAGUUGAAGCAGUGCUACAGGUUGGAAGCGUAUUUACCAUCCUGACCAAAUUCCGGAAGCCAUAUCACCACGAGAGUGAUUUUAUCGGUCUUGGUCUUAAUCCCCGAGCGGCAGACAUCGUCAUAGUCAAGAUUGGCUAUCUCGAACCAGAGUUGUUUGAUAUGGCAGCAGAAUGGAUGCUUGGUUUGACACCUGGCGGUGUUGAUCAAGAUCUGCCACGUCUUGGGCACCACCAUAUCCAGCGUCCACUAUGGCCCUUUGAUAGAACGUUCCAAACGGCCCCAGAUCUCACCCCACAGCUAAUUCCAUUCUCGAAAGACGACCUGGAGAUAUGUUAG